AUGCAAACAACUCCAGCACCCACAACGAGCACUGCCAGCCAUUGUCCCACCAUAUCCUGUCGAGAAAAGCCUAUGGAAAAACUUCGAGAUGAUCCAUCCCCACCGAACUCAACGUCGAAGACGACUACGGCGUGCGUGGCCAACUACCUCCUGCGCCGCCUCCACGGUAACAAGCACAGUGCAUGCUACAUCGCACGCAAGUGCCCUCAAUGUUCCUCCACCAUCGCCGCUAUCGAACUCCUCUUCACGUGCUCCGACCUAUGGAACGACCUCACCAAAACACUCGUCAAGUCUCUCGACUGCAUACUGUACCACAUUAACAACGCAGCCAGCUCGCGACACCCUCUCAACGUCCUCCUCCAGAUGCUCAUUGGCACAGACUGGGCUGAGAAAGACAAGGCGCUGGUCGAGGCUGGCGACUUCGAGGUCUCGGCUGUUAUCUGGGCACUGCAGAUUGGACCGCAUGGGCUUGCGAAUGGUAUCGCAGGCGGGGUGGGCGUGCUUCAGAUAUUGAUGGAUGUGGAGCAGGAGUGGAUGUUGGAUCAUGUGGAUGAUGAUGAUUUCGCGAGUCAGGUUCAGGCGUUGAGGGACUUUACGGAGGGGUUGUGUGACUGGGGUAAGGAGAUGGGACAGGGUGAUAAAGGGGGUUAUGUGAGGUUUGGGGACUUUGUGGAGGUUUGA